UCAAUAGUACUAGAACAGGCAGAACAAAAUGUUUUCUGAAAAUUUAGAUUUACAGGUUUCGAACUUAUAAUUUGUCUUUUGAGCUGCGUUUACUUCAGUUGAGAAAUUCUAUUAAAUCGUUCGUGUUAGGUUAAAACGUUUUUAAUAUCGUUUUAUCUUUUUUUAAAUUUUAGGAAUGUAGGUCAUGGAAGAUUUAUAUUAUAGAAAAUGGUCUUGUAAAGAUUAUAUGUUUACCAUUAAUAUUGUGUGUGUGAUCAUGUAAUGGGAUGACGAAAAGGAUUUAUCCAGAAGAAAGUAUGGGUGCCGGGGUUUCUUCAAAUGAAUAUCCUUCUUUGGAAGUUCAUAACUAUCCAGGAGUGAUAAUAAAGGAGAGACGAAAGAUGCGCAUGUCUGGUUUUGCUACGUUACGCAAAAAGCUUAUUAAGCGUCGCCGUUUCUCUAAAGUUUGUAACCACGGCCGUAUUAUUAGAGAAUUAAUAUCUGACUGGUCUCCAGCUGAAGUAACAGCUCUAUUAGAAGAAUAUGAAGCACUGGCUGCACUUAAAGAUUUGUCAGUUCAAGCUGAACUAGCUAGACCGCCGGCUGCUACUUUCAAACAAGACUUAUCUACACUAUAUGACCAUAAGUAUUGUACUGAUGUCGAUCUCAUUUUCCGUGGCGUUUGUUUCCCAGUGCACAGGGCUAUUUUGUCAGCUAGAUGUCCAUAUUUUCGUGAAUUGCUUUUAGGCUGUCCAGGCUAUGGAGCUCGUAUUUGUUUAGAUUUGAGGACACCUGGGGUCGAUGUAGAAAUGUUUUCGGCUCUGUUACGGUUUCUAUAUACUGGCGAUAUAGCUCCAAGAGAUGGUGAUAUAGAUUUAGCGUUAUUGAGAAGACUUGGUGAUGAACUCGGCACACCAAAUAUUUUGGAAAACGAUUUAAGAUACCUAUUAGAAACCGGAGACUAUGCAGAUGCUGCACUGGUAUUUAUUCCUGAAGGAUAUUCAGAUCGGAGACCAGAAUCAACUGGAUCUGAAUACGGUUUCCAACCAAAAUUAGAGUUGCCAUGCCAUAAAGCUAUAUUAAGUGCGAGAUCGCCAUUUUUCAGAAAUCUUAUUCAACGAAGAACUAAAUCAGGCGAAGAACAUACAGAAAGAGCUUUGCACAUUCCAACAAGAAUAGUAUUGGAUGAAUCUGUAAUUCCUAAAAGAUACGCCAGAGUAUUACUACACGCAAUAUAUUUGGAUACUGUCGAUUUGUCUCUAAUACUUAGAGGUUCCGGAGGCGGUUCCUCGGCUGGUAGCCUGAGUGAAGUCGAAGCUUUAACUAACACUGGACGUGUACGACCAAGUCCAUUAGAUGAAGCAAUGGAAUUGUAUCAGAUCGGUCGUUUCCUAGAACUAGAAAUUGUGUCCCAAGGUUGCGAAGACCUAAUUUUAGAAUGGCUAACUUUAGAAUCUCUUCCAGGAGUACUAAGGUGGGGAAGUGUACCUCACGGCUCAGCGUGGGUUCAUCGUCAAGCUAAACAUUUUCUGCGCGAGGAAUUUUCUCAAGUAGCAAAUAGUCCUGUUCUCUACCAGCUCGAUAAAUCACAUUUAAUAGAUUGCCUAAAAAGCAAUUUCUUACAAUCGAGUGAACUUGAAAUAUUACAAGCAGUUUUGAAAUGGGGAGAACAUGAACUUAUUAGACGAAUGGAAGAUAGAGAACCAAACUUGGUCAGUCAAACAACACAUUCUGUGAGUCGAAAAGGUGUUAAAAAACGAGAUUUAAGUGAUGUCGAGCUUCGCGAAAUAUUGUCAGAGAUAUUGCCUUUGGUACGAAUGGACCACGUGAUACCGGCAGAACAUGAAACGUUAACUCAAGCAAUAAGACGUGGUUUAGUGAGCACACCGCCAAGUCACAUGAUUGGCAAUGACUCACCAAUGUUAUCACAUCACAUGUCUCGAAUUAAUGCUUGGAUUAGACAUCCGUCGGGACUUUACAUUAGACCUAGGCUUUUUAUUCCUUACUAUGAUGAAAUAAAGUCUCUAUUUGAAGACCAAAUGUUAAGAGAAGAUGAGGAGCUCGUACGUAGAACACGAUAUAUGCCGGAUGGUAUUCCCGAUACAUUGUACAUGAUUGAAGAAAAACCUACUCCGUCGACGUAUGGUCUAUCAUCGCUCGAUGUCAUAACAGCUUCAAUUCCUACUCCAGACGCAUCAACUAUGAACGCUAUGGUUAAACGAGACCAAAAACUAAGGUCUGCUCCAGGUUGUCAACGUGCAAUAUCGCUGCCAUUAUCUAGUCGCCAAGAAAUCAACCACCAAAUAAGAUUAAGAGUCGUCCGUGAAUUUAAUUUACCCGACCCCGUGGCUUAUCUGUUAGAGAAAGCUGCUAGCUCAGUGUGUUACUGUGGGGGAGGUCCUGAUGAAAAACCAAAAGAAAGUACAAAAUCUCGUACUAAUCGUGCGAGAAAAGAAAAACGUAAAGGCUUGGCCACUAGUACUCUUCCUACUGCGUACACGCAACAAAAAUUAAGAAAACCACAUAGAUCGUAUGUUGCAAACGAUGCUGUUUCUUCGUUGCGUUUCACCAACACCAAGUAUGACGACGAAGACUUUGACGGACGAGGAGAGCAGGUAGUUAUGCCAGAUGUUGCAGCCGUUUCUCUUUCGUUGGAUCAGUUAAAUUUAUGUCCUGUUCUUGGACCUGAAACUGAGUUACGGUUAGACCUGGGUGAUAGUUCACCCAAUCAAUCACCUUAUAAAACACCUCCUCCUCCUAAGCAUUUUAUUUAAUGUGCUGCAUGUUAGGUCAUAUUUUGCCAUCUCUACUUCAUCUUGAAAAUAUCUAUUUCAUGGAGCAAUAUUUGAAAUUUAGUUGAUUGCGUAAAGAACAACUAUUUAAGCACUUUGAAGUGUUCUUGAGGAGAUUUGUUUUAAUUUUGCGUUUAGGAAUUUAUGAAAUCCUUCUUGUUUUUAAUAUUCAUUGUAUUAUUGCAUUUUUCUGUCAUUUCUCUGUUUCUAAUCGAACAUAAAAAAAAUCAACAAGUUCAGUCUGAACAAAUCUAUUUAUUAACUAUUAACAUUAAAAUCUUAUGUUCCGUCGAUCACAAAUUAUUAACUUAUGUGACUUGAUAUUUUUAAAAAAUCAACUUCCUUCGCAAGUGUAACCACACAGACCACUACUAUUUUUAAUUUCAAGUUUGUUACUUUUCUUGUUUUAUUUAGUUUCUAAUUUACCGACUGAUAUAUGAAUCCUAUAAAAACUAUAUUUAUUUCAAGACUAUUCUUGGUAUGGUUUCUUAAUUUUUUGUUUUUAAACGAAUGAACUAGUUUAAAUUUUGUUGUUUUGUGAAAUUGCAAAAUAUGUUGAACUCGGUUAAGGUCUUGGGCCGAUAACCAAUAAGUACUGCGCCUGGUGUUGCGAUAUUAACAUCAAUGUAUUUUUUGCUAUUUGUUUCCAAACGUUAUAUUGUAGAAAUGACACGAGAAAAAGUCUAAUUCAUUUUAUUAUUGUGUUUUCUUGAAACUAUGUAAAUACAGAAUAUAAUCAUUUUA